GUGUUUUGUUGUCAACAAAAUGUGUUUCAAAGACAAUACAAAAGGCUUUUAAAUUGAACGCUAAGCUCGCAAACAGUGCACAACUUGUGACCACUUUUGUGGCCAAUAAUCAGCGCCUGUGAGCCACGGAUCAGAUCGCAAACCUCGCGCACAACAUGUCGGACACCGACGCCGAUCACCACAAACGGAUCCGGAGUCCAGUACUUCCGCAAUACGUGGAAGUGUUUGACACGGAGUCCAAAGACAGAUACCAGACGUUGACCCAAAAGAUACCAUUGGUGUCGUUGAUGUCCUCAUCGGUGGACACAAAUAAGAUGACCUCAACUGAGCUGCGACUGAGACGAUGGUUCAAAUGCACGCAAUUUGAGGGCAAGUGUUUCGCCACAAGAAAUACUUGUCACCAGUUUUUGGCACAUUUGGCGGACAAACACCCGGACACCAGACUCUUCUGCCUCUACUGCAGCCCUAUCUCCGGACCCGACCCUAAGAAGUACUUCACGCACGAGAAGCUGGUGGAGCACAUCCGGUCGGAGCACUGUUACCGUCAAUAUCAGUGCAAUCUAUGUCUGUACCGGUCUAUCAGUGUGGAGCACAUUGUGAUCCAUCAACAGUCUGUCCAUUCGCGCAACUUUGAGGUGACUGUCGCUCAGACGGAGACCGAUGAGGAGUCGCACAAAGACACCACUCCUCACAACCAGCAGACCAUCAAAGAGUGUAAAGUCAUUGAAUGCACGCAAUUGGCCGACACAGCCGUUCCCGACGCCGACCACUACUUCGAGAACUACAAACACAAGCGACUGAAUGGCGAACUCAAUGCCUAUCAGUGUCUGUACUGUCCGUAUUUGGACACAAGCAAAGAGGAACUGUAUGCACACUGCGUGGCCGCUCACCCCGACUUUCCCAUACUUAUCUACACCGGUAUUAACGCCAGACAUUCGGUGAAUGGCGACAAAGACGACAAUGAGAUGAGCGAAGCCAUCAUGAAGUCGAAGACCGCUAAGAAGCGAUCGUUUGACGAGUCGUUCAGCGACUCGGAUGUCACCACCAAUGGUGUGGUCGACACCUAUGAGUUCGACAUCUGGACAGAGAGUGAAGACGAGGAUAUGUUGCUGUCAGAGGACGACCUCUCGUCGGACGGUCUGGUGAGUGAAGAGGCUGUGGCCGCAGAGCCGGCGCCCAAACGUCAGCGAACAGAACCCGACUCGUCGUCCAGACACAGAAUCCAAGACAUCCUAAGAUCUGGAACACCAGCCUUUGUGGCCAAUCGCACACUACGGCAGUCAUACUAUUUGGCGGCCGCUUUGUCUGCACUACUGGCCCUUUAUUUCUCUGCUGUAGUACUGAGACUUUUAUCGGCUGUUGAGUGCAGUGAUCAGCAAAAUGACGUCAAUUCUGUGUCGACUAAACCCAGUGCCAUAAUCUACGACAGAGUUGAAAAAUUAAGCAGGGUCAAAUGCAUACCAUCGCUAAACAUAGACUGGAAUCUAUUGAAUUACAAACUGAUCUGGGGCAUUGACUACACGCGUGAUAUCCGGAGGCAUACACUACUUCUGACAAAAGCCGAUUUGAGGCGACAUUUAGACAAAAUAAUCUCAACUCUGAUGGCUAUUCAGGACAAGAAGGACUGUCUGAGUACGUCCUCCGCUAAAGACCUGAUUGACGCCAUCAACCAUCUGAAGAAUCGCAUCGACAAUAACCUCAACCUUUCGGUUCUCUUCAAUUCCCGGACACUUCACGACAAUUUGGAUGAGUUUCUGCAGCUAUGUCUCAGAAUUGCCGGCAAAAUAGGAGCCAUUUUAUUAGUAACCAAAGAUGAAUUCCUUAUGGAUUUGAAUGAUUCGACUCCAGUAUUAAAGGAUAGACUCUGUUAUGGAGUGAAUAAUAGACAGUUAAAGCUAUAA